AAAUCAAAUGCGGAGGAACCAGUGAGAGACCAACUGAACGCUGUGGCGGUUCGCGGUGUAUUGUCUCGUAUUUAUGUACAUUCAGCGGGAUCCUAUCCUGUCAGUUUUGAUAUUUAAAGCCCUCUGUCAUAGUAGUGUUUAAUAAGCAGUCGUGAAUGUUGGUACAUAACGGACAGUAACAGUUAGAUGUUGACAGCUGCGGACUUCACAUCCAGACAUGGUGCUUUGACAGAAGUGAUGCUUCAUCGCCAGUAUGGAGUCUUUGAUAUUUUAUUUAGUGCUAUUAGCUCCACUUUCUAUCCAUUGUGCGGUGAAACCAGCAUCUGUUGAAGAGGACCUGAGAAAUCAGGAAGACGUACCAGAGUUUGAUGCGCUCAGCUCCAUACUGUCAGACUUUGAUGUGGUGCCUGCAUCAGAUCUCCAGCUUCAUUCGGUCGGGAAGAGGGACGUUGAUGCCCGAUCACAUGUGGAGCGGCUGGUCAGCUUCACAGCACUCCAGAGGCACUUCAAGCUGUACUUGACAACCAACACAGAACUUUUCUCUGACAACUUCAAGGCUGUGUUCUUAGACAAGAAUGGAAAAGAGGACCAAUAUGACAUUCAGUUACAGAAUUACUAUAAAGGACACGUAGUGGGAGAGGAGCACUCGCGUGUGCAGGCACACAUAGAUGGUGAAGAGUUUUCAGCCCAAAUUCUUACUGAAGAGGCUGAAUAUAAUGUAGAGCCCUUGUGGCGGUUUACAGAGUCACCCUCUGAUGGCCGUUUGCUGGUGUACCGUUCAGAGGACAUUAAAAACAUCAGUCGACUGUCCUCACCUAAAGUGUGUGGAUAUGUGAACGCUGAUGCCCAGGAGCUCCUGCUGGCAAGAGCAGUGGGACAGACAGAACAGGAGCAGGAGCCUCACAACAUAGAGAGAAGAUCUGCACAUGACCACAAGAAGAACACCUGUCCGCUGCUUUUAGUGGCAGAUCAUCGCUUCUACAAGCACAUGGGCCGUGGAGAGGAGAGCACCACCCUCAACUACUUGAUUGAGCUGAUCGACAGAGUGGAUGAUAUAUACAGAAACACAUCCUGGGAUGAUUAUUUUAAAGGCUACGGUGUGCAGAUUCAGCAGAUAAUCAUAAACAAGGAGCCCACAAAAGUUGCCCCCGGAGAGAUUCACUACAACAUGAACGGCAGCCCAUUAGGAAGAAAGGAUGGUGUGUGGGAUGUGAAGAAGCUCUUGGAACAAUUCAGUUACGACAUCGCAGACAACGCCUCUGCAGUUUGCCUUGCCCAUCUCUUCACCUAUCAGGACUUUGAUGAUGGCACUCUGGGUCUGGCAUACGUGGCCCCUUCCAAACAGGGACUGGGAGGACUCUGCCCUAAGCCCUACUAUCCAUCACAAACCGUCAGGAAACCCAGCUACCUAAACACAGGCUUGACAAGCACCAUGAAUUAUGGGAAAACUAUUCUGACUAAGGAAGCAGAUCUUGUAACAACUCAUGAGCUCGGGCACAACUUUGGAGCAGAACACGAUCCAGACAAUAUAGUUUCCUGUGCGCCCAGUGAUGACCAGGGCGGCAAAUAUGUUAUGUACCCUAUUGCGGUCAGCGGAGAUCACGUGAACAACAAGCGCUUCUCCAGCUGUAGCAAGUUUUCUGUAAGUAGGACGUUAAAGAUCAAGGCCCAUCAGUGCUUCAAGGAGAGGAGCAGUAAGCUGUGUGGGAACUCCCGUGUGGAGGAGGAUGAAGACUGUGACCCUGGACUCCUUCAUCUCAAUGAUGACCCCUGCUGCACAGCUAAGUGCAAAUUCAGGAAGCAGGCAAAAUGCAGUGACAGGAACAGCCCCUGCUGCAAGGACUGUAGGUUUGAAAGUGCAAAUAAGACCUGUCAGGAGAUCAUCACCGCCACCUGCAAGGGCAUGUCAAAGUGCACAGGCAACAGCAGUGAGUGCCCCACCCCUGGAAACCUGGUGGAUAAUACAGAGUGUGUGGAUAAGGGUCGAUGUCAGAAGGGCGAGUGCAAGCCUUUCUGCGAGGCUAUGCAUAAUCUUGAGUCCUGUGCCUGCAAUGAGACUGAGGACUCUUGCAAAGUGUGCUGUAGAAGCAGUAGCGGGCUGUGCACUCCCUUUAUCAGUGAUGGGUCAUAUCUUUACCUGCGCAAGGGCAAACCCUGUACCGUUGGCUUCUGUGAUGGGGCCGGUAAAUGCAUGAAGCACGUCCAAGAUGUCAUCGAACGUUUAUGGGACUUCAUAGACAAACUGGACAUCAACACAUUUGGGAAGUUCUUGGCUGACAACAUAGUUGGAUCAGUGGUGGUCUUCUCUCUCCUGUUCUGGAUUCCCCUAAGCAUACUGGUGCACUGUGUGGACAAGAAACUGGAUCAGCAAUAUGAGGAAAACUCCAAAACCAUGACGUACCCUAGUCAGAUGGCGGUGGAGGUGUGUAGUAGAGCUCUCAACUCAGAGCGCAGAGAUGCUAAGCAGUCUGGAAUCGGCGCCCAUCCGCAUUGUGAAGGCCCAUCAUCUGUAUUCAGCGGCAGCGCGACCUCAGCCCUUACUGGGCCCCACAGGCCCCGCCGUCUCACCGGCACAGGAGACGCUCUCCGGCCCAGGCCCUGCCAACCUCUCCGCCGCACUCAAAGCGGAUCCGCUGCGAAUGGCCACAAUCGAGGAGGACCCCAGCGGAGACUCUCACCUGGACGAGGUGGAAGGCUUCCGUCAAAGCGGCACAGCUGCCAGGUCCUUCGAGGACCUCACCGGACAGUCAACGCCAUCCCGCGGGGACAAGAGACGGCUGACGAGACAGGCGUGCAUUGACAGUAAGGAGACGGUGAGCUGAGGACACUGGUAUAAGAUCACUUGAUUGAGACAUGAGCUGUGAAGAUCAGGGUGCAAUCGGGGUUCAUUUUGUUGGUGCAUUUAAAAGUCUGUGAUGUGUAAACUGCUGACACAUUUCAGUUGGUUCUUAGAAAUUUUGUAGCAUUCCUGUAAUGCACAAUUAUAGUUGUUAAUAAAAAUAGUGUUACUUUAAACGCAUGUCAGAAACUGCCAAGAGAAAUGACACAAGUUAAAGGAAUAAAUUCAAAACCGCUUUGGACGGCAUCUUUGGCUGUGAAACUUGACUCAGCAGUUUUCAGAAGCCAGCAAAAAGACAUGCUGACAGAUAUUGAAACAAAAGGCUACGAGUUUAAAAAGAUAGUUUAUACAAAAAUGAAAAUUAUAUUAUCUUUUUA